UAAUCAAGAAAAUAAAAUGUAGAGAAAAAAGAUGAACAAAGAAACAAAAAAGUAAAAGAUGCCAACUCGACAUGGAACAACGAGCAAAACGAGAUUAAUGAGCAAAUUGAGAUAAAACUCUCUCUCUCUCUCUCCCCUCUCCCCCUCUCUCUCUCUCUCUCUCUCUCUUUCUCUCUCUCUGCCUAUCAGCACUUAACAUUCAGUCUCCUCAUGAUUACUUGUGACGUUGUGUAGCAAUCGCACCGCUGAGUGCUAUCACAUUCUCAUUAUCCAUUGCUUCUGCAUGGCACAUGCCUUUUAAGCGGCGUCUACAAUGACAUUUUAAGGUAUAAAACUUAAGCUUUAAACCUUAAUUGACCAAUCACAGUCAUGUGAAAACAAUGAUUAUGAUUUGGUUAAUUUCUUACGGCUUAUAGUUUAAAGAUUAAGUUUUACGCCUUAAAAUUUUAUUAUAGACAUCACUUUACGCUAAAGCAUUUGUAAGAUACCUGCAGUAAACAAAAGUAUAUGUGCACACAUGUGUGUAUGUGUGUGCGCGCGCGCGCCUUUUUCAUUUCUCGCCUGAAGUUGUCUCUGGCUCGUCAUCAUUGAUAAGACAUAAGUGGAAUUUUCAGUUUAGCUCAGCAGCAGCAGCAGCAGCAGCAGCAGCAGCAACAGCAAUAAUAGUAGCAACAUGCCAACUACGAGAGGUUCCUCGGGGUAUUUAAAGCGUGCAAAUACUGAACGGCUCCAUGAAAUUUUUAACCAGUACGCCUCACAGGAGAAGAAUGGCGAGAGGUUCAUGACUGCGUCUGACUUUGUACGCAGUUAUCUUGGCCUUUACACGGAUGCCGAUUAUAAUCCCGAUUCUGUCAAUUUACUUGCUGGUAUCGUCGAUACUAGCAAAGAUGGACUUAUAUCAUUUGCCGAAUUUCAAGCAUUUGAGGGUCUUCUCUGUGUACCAGAUGCUCUAUAUAAAACAGCUUUUCAACUCUUUGAUACUAAUGGAAAUGGAAUGGUUGCAUUUGACGAGUUCGCUGAGGUGAUGCGGAAAACUGUACUGCAUCAAAAAAUGCCCUUUAAUAUGGACAGUAGUUUUAUCAAACUCUAUUUUGGAAAGGAUAAAAGUACACUAAUCAACUAUGCAGAGUUUAGUCAGUUUUUGCAUGAUUUUCAUGAAGAAUAUGCAACAGAAGCUUUUAAAAAAUUUGAUAAAGAUGGUGCAGGUUUCAUUUCCGCAUUAGACUUCCAAGACAUCAUGCUCAGUAUUAAAAGUCAUUUACUCACAAAAGAUGUGAAGGCUAAUCUAAUUGCUGCAGUUGGUGCCGGUCAAAGCGGAAGAAAAGUUAGUUUUCCAUACUUUAUGGCAUUCAAUUCUCUCCUAAAUAAUAUGGAACUUAUUAAACGUAUAUACUUAAAUGCAACCAAUGGUCACAGAUACCAAGAAGUUACCAAAGAGGAAUUUCUUUAUUCUGCACAAAUGAUGUCCCAGAUAACCCCAUUGGAAGUGGACAUUUUAUUUCACCUUUGCGAUUUACUUCAUCAAACUGGACCUACGGAAGAUGACGAAGCAGAUUCGCGGCUUGGGAAGAUUGUAUACAAUGAUCUUGUGGCUAUUACACCCGAGCAAUAUUUCAAACAGAUUACAAAGCGCGUUGCUGAGAUUAAAGCUGUAUCGAGUCCGGAUGAACGUGGUAUUAUUGUACAAUUGCUCGAAAGUGGCUAUCGAUUCGUGCUUGGUUCCAUUGGUGGAGCUGUUGGUGCUACAGCUGUAUAUCCUAUCGACUUGGUGAAGACCAGAAUGCAGAAUCAGAGGACUGGAUCAUUUAUAGGCGAGCUGAUGUACAGAAAUAGCUUUGAUUGUUGUAAAAAGGUGAUUCGGCAUGAAGGUUUUUUUGGACUCUACCGAGGCCUGAUGCCUCAAUUAAUGGGUGUAGCUCCGGAAAAGGCUAUUAAACUCACAGUUAACGAUUUUGUCAGAGAUAAGUUUAUGGACAAAAAUGGAAAUUUACCACUGUACGGAGAAAUUGUAUCUGGCGCCUGUGCUGGAGGAUCACAGGUCAUAUUCACCAAUCCUCUGGAGAUAGUAAAAAUUCGGUUACAAGUAGCUGGCGAGAUUGCAGGAGGAUCAAAAGUUAGAGCGUGGGCUGUCGUCAAGGAAUUAGGUCUUUUUGGAUUGUACAAAGGUGCUAGAGCUUGCCUUUUGCGAGAUGUGCCAUUUAGCGCAAUUUACUUUCCUAUGUAUGCUCACACGAAAGCGCGAUUGGCCGACGAAGGGGGCUACAAUACGCCGUUGUCGCUUCUUGUUUCCGGUGCCAUCGCCGGUGUACCUGCAGCAGCACUGGUAACUCCUGCGGAUGUGAUAAAAACAAGAUUACAGGUUGUAGCUAGAGAAGGUCAAACUACGUACAACGGAUUACUCGAUUGCGCAAGAAAAAUAUUCAAAGAAGAAGGUGCUAGGGCAUUCUGGAAAGGCGCGACAGCUCGAGUGUUCAGAUCAUCACCUCAAUUUGGUGUUACUCUUUUCACGUAUGAGUUGCUGCAAAGAUUGUUUGUUGUUGAUUUUGGAGGCUCUCGACCUACUGGCUCGGAACAAAAGGUGCCUACUAUGGGAGUAGCAGAUGAAAUUCGAUCAACGAAUCCAGAUCAUAUAGGUGGUUACCAAGUAGCUCUACCCAUUUUUACCGGUAUAGAAACCAAGUUCGGUCUUUGCUUACCCAGAUUUCAAGCUGUUACCAGAAAGUAACAAUAUUAUUAGCAAAUGUGUAAGAAAGCAAGCUUGUAGCAAUCCCUACCAUAAAUAAUCUACGAUUACUACGCACUGAUUGCUUCACUGACAUUGAAGCGGAAGUGAUGUGCGUAUGAGCUUCUGAAAUUAUACGAAUCUGCAUUUCAUUUUGGCCAUUUUGAUAUCAUGCAGAUCACAUAAAAUCAACAUAAGAAAGAACGGAUCGUCGAUUGAUAUUAACUCGAUGCAUACAACAUACAUACAUAAUUGUAAAGUGUAAUUAUGGAUCGAUCAAGGAAAAGUACAAAAUCCAUCGUUGCGGAAUGCCCAAGAAUAGCGCUCGUGAUAGCUGAAUUGAGUCAAUGGACACAGAAACAAAACUGAUGGCAAUGAAACUAUUUAUUUUGAUACUAUAUAGAUAUGUUAUAUCAAAUUGAUGCCAUCUGUAUGUAAUAAUUUUACAAUGCGAGAAAAAAAAAAUGUGUGUGUGUAUGUGUGUGUAUAACAUUUAUCGACGAUUUGUUAUUGCUAAUUUGAAACGUUUCUGCCGAUACGCGUAUAAUAACUAAUUGAAUGUGUGAAUGAUUAACGUCAACGAAUAUGAGUGUGAUGUUUUAGUAAGGAUUAUAAUCCGCAAUGGUCCUGAUGUGUACCAUGUAUAUUUAUAAAGUUCAUAAUAACAAAUUAG